CUCUCAGGUGUGUAGGUGGAGUGAUGCAGGAUCAGGUGUUGGAUGGCUCUUUAAAAGCAUGUGUUAGACUCAGUUAAGUUCAGUUACUGCUUUCGUUGGAGCGUCACACCUGCGAUGGAGUGGCUUCAAGUCUCUGGAGUCCUGGCAAGUUUAUUACUCUGCAGUGGAGCUCUAACCACGCCGAGCCCAGCACAGAAUCCCUCCUAUCUCAUAUCCAUCUCUGAAGUUCUACGCUGUGGCGUCCCGACCUCUUUAUCAGUCACCAUUCUGGCAGAGUAUCCCAUCAAAGUCACGGCUGAACUCAUCCACGGAAACAGCAGUGUGGCCCAAACAGAGAGCACCAUCCCAGCAGGCUCUACCAGACUGCUGGCUCUUCCCCCCGUCUUUUCUGAUGACAUGAGUUACUGGUAUCCAUAUCAGCUGGAUGUUAAGGGGUUUGUUGGCACUAAUCAAGUGUUCUCCAACUCCACCACGAUGGUCUUCAGUCCCAAGUGCAUGUCCGUCUUUAUCCAGACCAAUAAGAACAACUACCAACCAGGGCAGACGGUGAAAUUUCGGGUUGUAUUGGUUACACCUGAAGGAAAUCCGCACAAGGGUCAGAUCGAUAUUUUUAUCAGGGAUCCCAAGGGGAAUUUGAUUCGACAGUGGCUGUCUGUGGAUGGUUUUCUAGGUGUUGUGUCGAAAGAGCUGAACCUCUCUCAGAACCCGCCGCUCGGCCCGUGGAAGAUCGUAGCUGGAAUCAAUGAUGUUGUACAUGAGAGAGUGUUCACUGUGGACUUCUAUGUGCUGCCUAAAUUCGAGGUGAAGGUGGACGUCCCCUCUGCCCUGCAUUAUGAAGAUAUACUGACCGGGAAGGUCACAGCCAAGUAUUUUUAUGGGAAGCCCGUCAGUGGGAUGAUGUCUGUCACAUAUGUCCACUUUUUCGAUGGCCUUGAGAAGCGUUACCAACUUAAAGAAACAAUUGAUGGUUCUGCUGCUCUCACAUUUGAUGUGGAGAACUCCAAACGGUUAGGUGACUACAUAUAUUCCUAUUAUGAUGAAUAUGGGCCCAGUGAAUAUGUCGACAUUGCCGUGAAUGUCACAGAUGCUACAGGGUUAACCUACAACAGCAGCGCGAGGGUUUCUAUCGUGAAGAAUAAAUAUAAUCUGGAAUUUCUGCAGCAUCCACAGAUCAUAAAACCCUCCAUGACCUUCACUGCUCAGCUGAAGUUAAGCACCUAUGACAGCCGGCCGCUGUCAGCUGAAGAGCAGAGCAGAAGCGUGCAGCUGGCGGUGACCCAGAACAAGUUCAGCCCCUGGACGUGGAUGUGGAACAGCGAAGAAUCCCCAGACAAUCGCACAACGAUCAACGGACCAACGACCAGCUUCUCUCCCCUUUACGAUAUUCCAGUCGAAAAUAUGGAUCUUCCUGUUACUGCUGAUGGCGUGAUGUCUUUUCAGAUUCAACUCUCUGACAGCGUUGCCACGCUUGAUAUAGAGGCCCGGUUUGAAGACACAGUCCAGCGUCUUCAGCUCUACAGGAGUUAUUCUUCACCGAGCAGAUCCUACAUACAGCUUCACAGAGACAGUGAGCCUCAGGUUGGACAGCCGCUGUUUUUGACUUUGGAGAGCAAUUCUAACCUGACAGAAUUUCACUACCUUGUGAUGUCCCGCGGUCGGGUGGUGGAUGCUGGGACGGUACAUUCCUCCUCCUUCAGUCUGAACACAGAUCACUCUUGGACUCCACUGGCUUGUGUGAUGGUGUACCACACGCUUCCAGACGGAGAGAUUGUUAAUGAUGCUCUGCAAGUUACUUUCACACAAGUGCUGAGAAACACGGUAUCUCUGAGCUGGAGUCAGGAUCGUGCCGAACCAGCAGAUUCCGUCUCUCUCUCCGUGUCUGUAUCCGAGCCCGGAUCUCUGCUGGGAAUUCUGGUGGUAGACGCAGCAGCAUUGGACUCCAGCAAAGACAAUGGCAUCACAGAGAAGACAGUGCUGGAGGAAUUCAUGUCGUAUAGCAGAGAGAUGACCCAUGCGGAUUACAGCAGCGUGAAAAUGGGAGAUCCGUAUUCCAUAUUCAUGGCAGAAAGGAGUCAAUUAUUCGCUAUGUUCCCAGGGCCCGAACACUUUAUGAAUCAGCAGGAUAGCGGUGCUUUUCAGGAGCCCAGAAAGCGAACAGACUUUCCUGAAACCUGGAUCUGGCUGGAUGCUAAUGUGAGUAAUUCUGCCUUGGAGUCCUUCCAGUUCACCGUGCCAGACAGCUUGACCUCCUGGGUAGCCUUUGCCAUCGUCAUGUCAGAGAAUCUGGGUUUGGGCAUCAGCGCUCCUGCAGAGUUGACUGUGUUCCGAGAUUUCUUUGUGUCCCUGAAUCUCCCGGCGUUCCUGAUCCGUGGGGAACUGCUAAUGCUGGAAGUCAAUUUAUUCAACUAUUUGGAUGUAGAUAUGGAGGUGAUGGUUGUGGUUGCAGAAAGUUGGAUGUUUGAGUUUGUGUCACCAGACAAUGGAGGAUUUUCCUUGGACAACGUGAAGAAAGCCUUAGUGUUGAGUCAGAACAUCACAACGCUUCUGUUCCCCAUCAGAGCCACAACCCUGGGAGAGAUUCCCAUCUCCGUCAAAGCCACGUCUGUCUACUCUUCAGACUGGGUCUACAAGACGGUUCUUGUCAAGCCAGAGGGACUGGAGCAAUCAUACUCUCAAACCUUGUUUCUGGAGUUUCAACUGAAGGAGAACAUGCUGACUAGGACAAUGUCGUUUAGUUUUCCUGCAAAUGUGGUUCCUGACAGUCAAAGGGCCAGUGUGUCUGCUGUGGGUGACAUUCUGGGCCCGUCCAUUGGCAAUCUGGACUUUCUCAUUGAGAUGCCUUACGGUUGUGGAGAGCAGAACAUGAUCCAUUUUGCUCCAAAUAUUUAUGUUCUCCAGUACAUGAGAAGCACCAUGCAGACUGAUGAACAGACCAGAAACAAAGCUAUGAGCUACAUGAUGGAAGCUUAUGAACGUGAGCUUUCCUACCAAAGGUUUGAUGGCUCCUUCAGUGCUUUUGGAGACAGUGAUGAUUCUGGCAGCACAUGGCUGUCAGCGUUCGUGCUCAGGUGUUUCCUCCAGGCUCAGGACUUCAUUUACAUCGACCCGAUGGUGAUGCAGAGGACAGCAUAUUGGCUGCUGGCUCAUCAGAACGCUGACGGUUCAUUUGACGAGCCGGGCCGGGUCAUCCACACAGAGCUCCAGGGAGGACUGGAUGGGCCAGUGUCUCUCACCGCAUACGUCCUUAUAGCACUUCUGGAAGACGCUGAAUACAGGAGUGCAUAUGAAGGCAGCAUUUCUUCUGCCGUGAGUUUCCUGACGUCUCGACUGUCUCAGGGAAUCUCCAGUAACUACAGCCUGUCUGUAGUCACCUAUGCUCUGUCACUGGCCAACAGCACCGCCGCCCCAUCAGCCCUCACUGAGCUGUUGAACAGAGCACUAAUUGUUGAUGGAGUGCCAACCUGGAGACCCCCAGCCAAUGUCCUGUACAAUUCCUGGCAGCCAAGUUCAGCAGAAAUUGAGAUGUCGGCCUACGUACUGCUCGCCAUGCACAGACUCAAACUAAUGGAUGAAGGAUUCACUCUGGUGAAGUGGCUCAGUAAGCAAAGAAACCAUCUUGGUGGAUAUGGAUCCACUCAGGAUACAGUGAUGGCGUUGCAUGCACUGUCAGUCUAUGCCACCUUCAGCAGCGCAGAGUCCAUAGAUCUCAGCAUCACUGUGAACGGUGCCUUUGGAACUGUUGCCAUAUUCAACAUAGACAGAUACAAUUACCUGCUCCAGCAGAGCCACGAACUGCCCAUUGAAGCAGAAGAGGGGGUUGAUAUUGAGGUGGUGGCAGAGGGUAAAGGCUUUGCUCUGUUUCAGCUUAAUGUGUUCUACAACGUGAUGAACCUGAGAACGUCGCUCAGACGGCGUGACAUACACACAGAUGAGGCCUUUUAUUUGUAUGUAGACGUAAUGGACAAUGAGGAGUUCAAUGUAAACCUUCACAUAUGUUUCAGGCUGCGGGAGGUCCAGGGCCUGAAACAGACGGGUAUGGCCAUACUAGAUGUGGGUUUACUCACGGGGUUCAGUUUGGCCCAAAACGGUGUCCAGCUAAAUGAUAUAGUCAGAAGAGUAGAGACACCUUCAGGACGAGUUACACUUUAUUUAGACACGGUGACCACAAUGGAAAGGUGCGUUGAAAUAUCCACCAUCCUGGAAUUUAAGGUGGUCAAUGUCCAAGAUGCUGUGGUCAUGAUCUAUGAUUACUAUGAGCCCCGAAGGAGGACAGUGCGGUCCUACACAUCUGAGACAAGACGGGACAUGUCUGUGUGUUCGCUAUGUGGGCCGGAUUGCUCCCAGUGUGGGGUUCGAGACACCUGGGCGACUGACGGGACGUCAUCCAUUAAUCAACAUCCACUUCUGGCUCUAAGUUUGACCACAGCACUCAUCAUCCUCCUGUCAAUCUGCAACUAGUGUUUACCCUAAAUCAAAACCAUUGUAAUCAGUAACACGAUAACACAAGCAAAAUUUAUGUGUACAUUGUUUUUAACAAAAAUCUGUAAAUGUGAAAAAAUUCUGUGUACAUUUUAUGUAUGAAAAUUGGUGCAUUUAGUUCAGUGCAACAAUGAAUGAUUUU